AUCCCUCUCCAAUCAUCAAGCUUUCUAUAUUUUCCGAAAAUGCCGGAGAAAGUGGUAUUCAAGUUGGAAGUUUUUGAGGAAAGAAUCAAACGGAGAGCUAUGAAAGUUGUAUGUGACUUUCCAGGAGUUACUUUGAUAGACGUGAAGGAAAAAGGUAAACUAAAGGUGAAUGGAGAGUUUGAUAAGUUUGAAAUGACAAAGAAACUGAAGAAGGUAUAUGAAUUUGUUGACAUUAUCGCGGUUGGACCGGAUGGAGAACCAGCGAAAAAUCAGAAGGAGGAGACAGUUGAAUUCAAGAUGGAUGUUUCUGAUGAAAACAUCAAACGGGAGGCUAUGAAAAUUGUCUGGAUGUUUUCAGGAGUUACUUUCGUAGACAUCAAGGAAAAAGGUAUACUAAAGGUCAGGGGAAAAUUUGAUAAGAUUGAAAUUGGGAGGAAACUACAUGAGCUAGAUAAAACUGUUGACAUAAUCAACCCAUUGGGAAAACCGGGGCAAUAUCGCAUUCCGAGUUUAACUACAGUCUACAGUUAUUUUACCCCAAAAAUACAGGAGGUAGUUGUAUUCAAGUUUAAAGUUCUUGAUGAAAAACUGAAACGUGAUGCUAUGGAAGUUAUCUGGGAGUUUUCAGGAAUUACUUCGGUUGAGGUGAAGAGAGUUGAUCGACUAGAGGUGAAGGGAGGAGAAUUUAACAAAAUCGCAAUGUCGACGAAGCUAAAGGGCAUAGAUGAAUCUGUUAGCGUUUUUAUCAAGGCUGGACCAGAUGGACAAGUUGAUGUGACAAACUUUAACACCAACUCUCUGCGAACAACUUUACGUGUUCCUGCCCCUGUACCUGUUCGUGUGCCUGCCCCUGCGCCUCCGCCUGCUCCUGCUCCUGCUCCUGCUCCUGCUCCUGCUCCUGAGCCUGUGUCUGCUUAUGCGCACAGGCGUCUUCAAGUGCCUGAGGAGACAGUUGAAUUCAAGAUGGAUGUUUCUGAUGAAAAGAUCAAACGGGAAGCUAUGAAAAUUGUCUGGAUGUUUUCAGGAGUUACUUUCGUAGACAUCAAGGAAAAAGGUAUACUAAAGGUGAAGGGAAAAUUUGAUAAGAUGGAAUUGGGGAGAAAUCUACAAGAGAUAUAUAACUCUGUUGACAUAAUCAACCCAACGAGAAAAGCAGGGCAAAAUCAUAUUCCGGGUUUGAGUACCGUCUACAAUUAUCUUACCACUCCAAAAAUGCAGGAGAUACUUGUAUUCAAGUUUAAAGUUCUUAAUGAGCGCAUCGUACGGGAUGCUAUGGAAGUUAUAUGGGAGUUUCCAGGAGUUACUUCCGUAGAGGUCAAGGGAGAUGACAAUCAACUAGAGGUGAAUGGAGGAGAAUUUAGUAAAAUUGUAAUGGCAGCGAAACUCAAGGACAUAGAUGAAUCUGUUAGCUUUAUCAUCAAGGCUGGACCAGAUGUAGAGGCACCCAAUAAUGCAACCUCAUAUGGUACAAAUUCUAAGAUCAAGGAUGCUCUAUCAGCUUUCCGUGCGCCUAAGCCUGCGCCUCCGCCUCCGCCUGAGCCUACGUAUGCGCGUGGGCGUGGAAAAAGUUUUAACCAUGAUCAAUUAAUUAUACCACAGCAGCCAAUCCUCAACGCUGUUGCUGCGGGUGUACGUAACUUUAUGUAUAAACCAAACCCGAAUCAGCUUGCUGAGAUCAAUUGGGGGAAAAAGCCAAAACCUGAAGUCAAGCAUCAGGAGCAAGGAGGAGGAUUAUUUGGAUACUUUGGUAAGAAGCAACAACCUCAAAAGGAGGAAACAGCUGAAUUCAAGUUGGAUGUUUCUGAUGAAAACAUUAAAAGGAACACAAUGAAAAUUGUCUGGAUGUUUCCAGGAGUUACAUUUGUAGACAUCAAGGAAAAAGGUAUACUAAAGGUGAGGGGGAAUUUUGAUCAGACUGAAAUGGGGAAGAUACUAUAUUAUGAGAUAGAUGAAUCUGUUGACUUCAUCAAUCCAACGAAAAAAUCGGAAAACAAUCAAAUUCCGGUUUUGGCUACAGUCUACAAUUAUUUUAACACUCCAGAAACGCAGGAGCUAGUUGUAGUUGUAUUCGAGUUUAGAGUUCUUGAUGAACGUAUCAUACCGAAAGCUAUGGAAGUUAUUUGGGAGUUUCCAGGAGUUACUUCGGUAGAGGUCGAGAAUGAUUUUUAUCUAAGGGUUAAGGGAGGAGAAUUUAAUCAAUUGCUCAUGACGAUGCAACUAAAGGACAUAGAUAGACAUGUUAAGAUAAUACCGCAUGGACAAGAUGUAGAAGCAGAGCCAAAAAAGCAAUCCGAUGUCGGUAGCUCGAAGUUGCAACCGGGGCAAGAUAUAGGAAAGAAAAAGAUGCACGGAUACGCCUACGGUGGUGUGGCUGCGCCUCAGCAUGAUCGUUUUAGAAAACAACAAGAUAUUAACCAAGCAAAGCAGCCGGUAUUUUACGACGAUUGGCUCUUAGAGAAUCAGAAAGAACCAGCUUAUGGUGUGUAUGCGCAAGCGCAUGGACCUUUUAACCAACAACACGGGAUUGAGCAAGCAAAUCAGCUGCCAAUCUAUGGAGAUGCACAGGCGCGUGGAUUGAUGGAUAGACAAAAUGUGAAAAAAAUCCUCCAGCCGCAACAAAAAGGAGGCUAUGUUGCACCGAACCAUGGUGUGAAGAAGCGACAACCUGAUCAAGUAGUGAAGAAGAAAAAUCAAGAAGCAGGAUUUUUUGGAAAUAUGUUUGGUUUUAACAAGCAACAACCUCAGGUCAAUCAGGAAUUCGGAGGCAAACGUGAAAACCAAAAUGCUGUGCUCUUCGUUCCGGAAAAAAGAAUAGGUCCAGAUGGAAAAUAUCAUAUAUAUAAGGAUGCAUUUGGUAAUAUCUUAUAUCCCUUUGCCGGUAGCUCAAAUGGGCCAACAUCGAAAAAAGAAGGGGGAACAUCACUAGCGGGAACAACAGGUUCCAGAGGAUCCACUUCAAGUUUCAAGACAACAGAGUUUGGCUCAAGCAGAGUUAAUUCGGUGGACAUGAAAGACGGUAAACUAACAGUGACCGGAGAGAUUGAUGCCUAUAUGAUUGUGAAGAAAUUGAAGAAGAUAUGUCAUACCGAGUUUAUCUCGGUUGGACCGGUUAAAGAACCAGAGAAGAAGAAGCCUGAUGAUCCGAAGAAGCCUGAAACAAAGCCACCAGAUGUGAUUUAUCAUUGUGUCCCUCCAUGUCCACCUUAUUACCAUAAUUUUAACGGAUGUUACAACGAAGAUCCAAAUGCUUGUGUCAUCUCUUGACAACAAUAUUUUGGUUCACUCAUCAUUCAUCAGCUUGGUCGUAGUCUUUGGUUUUGUUCUGUUAUGAUUGUUUUAACUGUUCUAGUCCAGUCCAUUAUACACUAAACAUGACUAGACCAGGAUUGCUAUGGUUCACUUAUCAUUCAUCAGCUUGGUCGUAAUCUUUGGUUUUGUUAUGUUGUGAUUGUUUUAACUGUUCUAGUCCAGUCCAUUAUACACUAAACAUGACUAGACCAG